GUCGGAAGCUCAUCCCGAACGGACGCGUUUUUCCCUCAGCUCUCUCCUUCCUUGCGUUGUGUUCUGUUCAAACAUCCCGUGUGGCUGUGAUUGCAGCAGUGUGUGGAACAAAAAAGGAAAAGCUGUCGGUUUUUUUUCGUGAAAACCCAUAACAAACUCCGGUUUGAGAGCAAUUUGGCCAAACAAAAGUUAAAAUUAUAACCCUGCUAAUCCUUGGUUUUAAGGAUUUUUGUCUGUUCUCCAGUGUGAAGUGAAGUGCUCUCGCUCUCUGCUGACUAAAAGGAUCUUGUCCGCGCGGAGGAAAAGCUUAAGUGGAAGGGGAGGGGAGGGAGGACCUAAUUCCACCGACGACUACAAAAUGAAUGGGAUUAACUCGCCAGGCUGGGUGCUGCUCGUGGUCAUCGUUUGUGCGCUCUUUCGAGUUUACAGCUCCGUACACAUCACCAACCUUGAAGUGCCCCGAACGUACAUCCUAGAACGGGAGGAAUUUCUCACUACCACUGCCUUCCCACCGUCGCGACCGCCAUCGGAUAGUGUCGAUGGUCAUCAGCCACAACACGACGAACCGGAAGAGGACGAUGAAGUGGCGAGCAGCACCACCGUUGCUACUUCCACUUCCACCACCACUUUCUCGUCCUUCACUUCCGGGCAGCCCGUCGACGCUGGCGUUGAAGCUGAUAGUGGCAAUUCAUCCACUGCCGUUAAGCCACUAAUUAUGGACUGCCAGUACGAGAUCAAGGCUAAUGAGUGCGGAUUCGUGCUCAAGUGGUACUUUAACCGGAAGUUGAUCUACCAGUGGAUACCGGCCCGGAAUCCGAUUGGGAUGAACCAAUUCAAAAGUGAACUCCGCACCAACUACUCGAUGUCGGAUUCGGCCAACUACAAGUACCGCGCGCUGGUCAUUCAGCAUCCGAAGUUGAACCACAGCGGCGAGUACAUGUGCUCGGUGCAAACGUACGAGUCGUUCGACCGGAAGGCGGCCCGCUUUCAAAUUGUCGUGCCGGAGAAGAUGCUGCUCCUUCACUACGAGAACGACGCCGAAAAGGAGAACAUGCUGCUGAUCAAGUGUAGCGUCUUUAUGAUUUAUCCCGAGCCCAGUCUGGUCCUGGUGGUCAGUGGCGACCUGCUCCUGGUAAGCUCACGCACCAUCGUCGUCUCCGAUCGGCACCACAUGUACAACAAGACGGUGUACGGACUCAUCGACAAACACCUGCUCAUCUCGCCCACCUCGAUCGGAUGUGUCCUGACGGUGGCCGGUUCGAGCUACGUUCGGAAGCGCGAAACAAUUUAUUACGAUCCCACCCAAUUGACGCGCUGGAGCCGGCUGCGGAUGGACGAACGGGGACGGUUCGAGAUUAGCGAUGGCAGCAGCGGAAUCAGCAUCACCACCUCCGGUCAACUGAGCAAGGUUUGGCUUUUCGCCAUCGUUGCUGCGGUCACAACGUUCGGAUUGGUUUAGCGGAAACGGCUCUGAAAGAGCAACGAACCCGUGCUGCUGAGUAGAGUAGAUUGUGUAGUUUUGUAGGAAGAUGACUCUUGAGUUUGGAAAACCGAUAGCUUUAAUAAAUGACUCGAUUUUUAUUCCACGGUAAAA